ACCGACUUCCUUCCCAACUGGCCCGCGAAGAAAGGAACCAAAGCCGUGCGCGAUGCCGUGUACUGUGGCGUGCCUCCAAUGGUACGCGAAAAGGCCUGGUGUGUGGCGCUGGGGAAUGAGUUGCAGAUCACGAAAGGACAACUAUCGUUUCACAGCCGUAUGCUGAAGAUGACACAUUUUAUUGGUAUUCAAAGCAGGCAGAACCAUUACUGGACUUACAGCCACUACCAGAAGCCCUUAUCCAUCAAUCGCCUACAUUUAACCCGUAAAGACAACUGA